UCACCCACGGGCGGGACAUUUUUUCUAAGGAAAAGAGAGGAAAAGGCAACCCCUUUCCUCGCGCGCGACCGCUGGCUGGCGGCGGAGCCGACCUCACCUCGCCGGAGUUUAAUCCCCCCUCCAUUCUUCCUCGUCCUGAUUGCCAACGACGGCGGAGAGCUCGCCGGUGCCCGACGUACCGACGGCUCGAUCAGUCCUUCCCAUCCUCUGUUAGCCUCGCGUGACGCCCGCCUGCGGUGGGGGGAAGAACCUCGCCGUCGCACGCGAUGGCGGGGACGCCACCCGAUGGCGGAGGAGAUAGGCCGUGGGAGUCGUACCACACCGCCUACACCAACGCCAAAGCUGGAAUGGAGGGAGUUGACAAAGAGAAGGUGCAGAAGGUAAUCUACGAAAUGAGCAAGGGUUCAAAAUAUUUUGAAAAUGAACAGAGGAAAGAGGCAAUUACCAAACAAAAAAUCGACCAUCUGCGUGCACAAUGUGCAAAGCUGACUGACAAUGACAUAUCACAUUUUCAGAAGGUCGCCGAACAUAAAAUUUUGGAGCUGGAAGCUUCACGGGAUCUUUCAAAGAUAUGGCUUCACACCGACAUGGAUGCCUUUUAUGCUACUGUCGAGAUAUUGGAAAAUCCAUCCUUGAAGGGAAAACCAUUGGCAGUGGGUAGCAUGUCUAUGAUAGCUACUGCCAGUUAUGAGGCACGGAAGUUUGGAGUUCGUGCAGCAAUGCCUGGUUUUAUUGGCUGUAAAUUAUGUCCUGAGUUGGUUUUUGUCCGUCCAAAUUUUGAGAGAUACACUUAUUAUAGUGAAUUGACAAGAAAAGUUUUCCAAAGGUACGAUCCCAACUUUGUUGCAACAAGCCUAGAUGAAGCAUAUCUCAAUAUUACAAAAGUCUGCUUCGAUAGAGGCAUUACUGGUGAGGAGGUUGCUACAGAACUUAGGGGUGCCAUUCACCAGGAAACCGGUCUAACUUGUAGUGCUGGGGUAGCUCCAAACCGCAUGAUUGCUAAGGUUUGCUCUGAUAUCAACAAGCCUAAUGGACAGUUCAUUUUGCCGAAUGACCAAGAAGCUGUGACAACAUUUGUAUCAACACUACCUAUAAGAAAGAUAGGUGGUAUAGGCAAAGUAACAGAACAAAUGUUACGUCAGGUUCUUGGUAUCAGUACAUGCCAGGAGAUGCUGCAAAAGGCUUCUUUCUUAUGUGCUCUUUUUUCUGAAUCCUCAGCUGAUUUCUUUAUUUCGGUUGGUCUUGGACUAGGCGGUACUGAAACUCCUGAGCAAAGACUAAGGAAAAGUAUAAGUUGCGAGCGAACUUUCAGGGCAACAGAUGAUUGUUCUAUGCUUUUCGAGAAAUUAGAUAGUCUCGCAGACAAUUUGGCCGAUGAUAUGCAAAAAGAAUGCCUGAAGGGAAGGACACUAACACUCAAACUAAAGACUGCCGCUUUUGAGGUCAGGACAAGAGCAGUAACCACACAAAACUAUAUCAACUCCAAGGAAGACAUCCUGAUCUACGCUAGGAAAUUGCUUAAGGCUGAACUGCCUCUUUCUUUGAGAUUGAUGGGGUUGCGGAUGUCCCAACUUCGCGAUGAGAAGGAUGAUUCAUCUACCCAAACCCAAAAGACACUAGAUAGAUUUUUCCGCACGCCUGACAACUCAAAUGUCAUUGGAGCAAACAGUCCAAGCAUCGGUAAUACCACAGGAGGGGAUAACUAUUGCACUAAUGUGAUGACCAAGGUCGAUUAUUUAGAGCAUGAUUCCAUGGAUGAUCAGGCAUUGUUUUUGCAUGAAAAGAACUUAUUUGUUCCAGAAGGAAGGAGCUCAGACAAUUAUAAUAAUGAUGCUGCAUCAAGCAAUCCACUUAUGUGUGAUGGUGUUGGUGGAAAAGAAUUGGAUGAUGACUCCUCCAGUUCGAAGGGUACACAUACUGUAAAGUUUGAUGGCCAGCUCACCAGCUCUAACGCAACUACUUCAUCGAGUAAACCUGAUCAGCUUUUCUGGAUAAAUGGCUACAUUUGUUCCAUUUGUGGAUUUGAACUACCUCCAGGUUUUGAGGAGGAGAGACAAGAACAUUCAGAUUUCCACUUGGCUGAAAUGCUUCAGCAGGAAGAGGCAGUGGACAGCACAGGCCCCCUCUCGAAAGAGAGGUUAGCUGAAAGGCCAUGCUCUAGCACACCCACACCAAAGAAGAAGCUCAAGUCUUCAAAAGAAGGAAAACACAUACCUAUUGAUGCUUUCUUUCACAAGGUUAACAAGAACUUGGUAGCAAUGCACAGCGGCGUCAAUGGCUGCUGCCCGCUUCGGCUCCCCGCCGCCGCCGCUGUCCACGGCCGCCGGAUCCCGCCGCUGCUGCCCCCACGGGGGGCGUGGCCGGGUUGUAUCGCCGCGCCGGCGCUGCACAGGAAGCCCGGCCGCGGCGGCGGCGGCGCGCUCUCCAGCUGCAGGCGAGCAUCGCAUCAUGAGAAGUUACAGGUUGCUGCACUGCCAUCCAAAGCUACACUCGAGUUUGAACAUGGUGUCUCACUUCGAAGUGCAUAUAUUGUUCCUGAAGAUGUUCAAGCUGCAGGGUUCCAGAUUGAUGCUGAUGAACUAGCAUCUAUUGUUGAAAGUCGCGACACUAAAAAGUUGACUGUGCAUGGCCAAUUAAAUGGGAUCGCAGACAAAUUAGGAACAUCAUUAACCAAUGGUAUAGUUACAGACAAGGACCUCUUGAAUCAAAGGCAGGACAUAUAUGGAGUAAAUAAGUUUGCUGAGACCGAGAUUCGCAGCUUUUGGGAGUUUGUAUGGGAAGCACUGGAAGACACAACCCUUAUAAUUCUUAGUGCGUGUGCUAUUUUCUCUUUGGUUGUUGGCAUAACCACAGAAGGAUGGCCACAAGGAGCCCAUGAUGGCGUUGGCAUUGUUGCAAGUAUCCUCCUUGUUGUUUCUGUUACCGGAACAAGUAACUAUCAGCAGUCCUUGCAAUUCAGGGACCUUGACAAGGAGAAAAGGAAAAUUCUUGUUCAAGUCACAAGGAAUGGCUUGAGACAAAGAGUACUGAUAGAUGACCUUCUUCCUGGUGAUGCUGUCCAUCUUGCUGUUGGAGAUCAGGUUCCUGCAGAUGGCCUAUUUAUUUCUGGGUUUUCUGUGUUGGUCGAUGAGUCUAGUCUAACUGGGGAGAGUGAACCUGUUUUUGUAAACGAAGAUAACCCUUAUCUUUUAUCAGGGACGAAAGUGCUUGAUGGGUCCUGCAAAAUGCUGGUUACAGCAGUUGGGAUGAGAACACAAUGGGGCAAAUUAAUGGCUGUUCUUACUGAUGGUGGGGAUGAUGAAACUCCACUUCAAACCAGACUUAAUGGAGUUGCGAAUACUAUUGGGAAAAUUGGUCUAUUUUUUGCUGUAUUGACUUUCAUUGUCCUCUCACAAGGGAUAAUUGGCCAGAAAUACCUUGACGGGCUUCUUUUGAGUUGGUCCGGAGAUGAUGUGCUAGAGAUAUUGGAUCAUUUUGCUGUUGCAGUUACAAUUGUUGUUGUUGCUGUACCUGAGGGAUUGCCAUUGGCAGUCACUUUGAGCCUUGCAUUUGCAAUGAAGAAAAUGAUGAAUGACAAGGCACUUGUUCGACAGUUGGCUGCCUGUGAAACCAUGGGCUCUGCCACAGUCAUUUGCAGUGACAAGACAGGAACACUGACAACAAACCGCAUGACUGUUGUAAAAGCCUGCAUCUGUGGGAAUACCAUACAAGUUAACAAUCCACAGACUCCAAACAUGUCUUCCAAUUUCCCAGAAGUUGCUGUAGAAACUCUUCUGGAGUCCAUAUUUAACAACACCAGUGGCGAAGUGGUGACUAACCAAGAUGGGAAGUAUCAAAUACUAGGCACCCCUACUGAGACAGCUUUGUUGGAGUUUGCACUGUUGCUAGACGGAGAUUGCAAAGAAAAGCAACUGGGAAGUAAGAUUGUUAAAGUGGAACCUUUUAAUUCAACCAAAAAGAGGAUGAGUACCAUUCUUGAGCUUCCUGGUGGAGGAUAUCGUGCACAUUGUAAAGGUGCUUCAGAAAUAGUAUUGGCUGCAUGUGAUAAGUUUAUUGAUGAAAGAGGUUGUAUUGUCCCCCUUGAUGAUAAAACUUCCAGUAAGCUCAAUGAUAUAAUCAAAGCCUUUUCUAGUGAAGCGCUCAGAACACUUUGCCUUGCUUAUAGGGAAAUGGAAGAAGGGUUUUCUACUCAAGAGCAAAUACCGUUACAAGGAUACACUUGCAUCGGCAUUGUUGGUAUUAAAGAUCCUGUUCGUCCAGGUGUCAGGCAGUCUGUGGCAACUUGCCGGUCAGCUGGCAUUUCAGUGAGAAUGAUUACAGGAGACAAUAUUGAUACAGCAAAAGCAAUUGCUCGGGAAUGUGGCAUACUUACCAAGGAUGGCAUUGCAAUUGAGGGUGCUGAGUUUAGAGAGAAAAGUGCUGAAGAACUCCAUGAUUUGAUUCCAAAAAUGCAGGUACUAGCCCGUUCUUCCCCACUUGAUAAGCAUACACUUGUGAAGCACUUGCGCACCGCAUUCAAUGAAGUUGUUGCUGUGACUGGUGAUGGCACUAAUGAUGCACCUGCGCUGCGUGAGGCAGAUAUUGGACUUGCCAUGGGCAUUGCAGGGACUGAGGUGGCAAAAGAGAGUGCUGAUGUUGUAAUUCUGGAUGACAACUUCUCCACGAUUGUUACUGUUGCCAAAUGGGGACGCUCUGUUUAUGUGAACAUCCAAAAAUUUGUGCAGUUCCAGCUUACUGUUAAUGUUGUUGCAUUACUAGUUAACUUCACUUCUGCAUGUUUCACAGGGGAUGCUCCACUUACAGCUGUACAACUUCUUUGGGUCAACAUGAUCAUGGAUACCCUAGGGGCGCUUGCACUAGCCACCGAACCACCUAACAAUAACUUGAUGAAGAAAGCACCGGUAGGAAGGAAAGGGAAGUUCAUCACAAAUGUGAUGUGGAGGAACAUUGUGGGGCAGUCGUUAUACCAAUUCGCUGUCAUGUGGUAUCUACAAACUCAAGGGAAACACUUGUUUGGGCUGGAAGGCUACCAUGCUGAUAUUGUACUAAAUACAAUCAUAUUCAACACUUUUGUCUUCUGCCAGGUGUUCAAUGAAAUAAGCUCAAGAGAGAUGGAGGACAUCAACGUUCUGAGGGGCAUGGCAGGGAACUCCAUUUUCCUUGGUGUCCUCACCGGCACCAUCUUCUUCCAGUUCAUCCUAGUCCAGUUCCUGGGCGAUUUCGCUAACACCACACCUCUGACCCAGCAACAGUGGCUCAUCAGCAUACUCUUCGGCUUCCUUGGGAUGCCCAUUGCUGCUGCCAUCAAGUUGAUUGCUGUAGAACCUCAUGAAAAAGCCGAUACACGUAGAACGCCGUAAACCACACACACCAGGAUAAGACAUUCAAUCAAUUUUGUGCACCAAUAAUCCAAGUAUACCUCCACUCUAUGAUCAAAGAUUGGCAGCAUUUUGCGAAGAAAAUUUGAUGCAAUGGAGUUCCUGUUGGGUUUGGCCAAUCUAACCAGCCACGAAACUGAUGAGAUAAGAGAGCCAAUUAGUGGUUCUGGGAAUAUGUAGAAGUGAUUUUUUUUGAGGUAUUAUUUUGUACACGCUGAUCUAGUAUUAUGAAAAUGUAAAGCCAACUGGCAUAGUUGCGUAGAGUGUAAACAGAUGAGAUUGUACAUAAAUACAAGACUGACAUUUGAUGAUAGCAACAACGAUCAUAUUCUUAAGAGAAUUUGAUUCAUUCUAAAA